AUGGCUAACCCUAGUGUCCUAGCUUUUGACGCUGAGGGUCGGGCCAUUGACUUUGACGUCUGGAUAGAUGACUUGCAGCUUUUCUUACAGUGCGAUAGGGCAGACGGUCUCUCUCUCUCUUUGACCUCACCUCUGGUGCCUCUCCUGCCCCUGCUGCUGAUGCUGACGCCACUUCGGUCGGUGUGGCUUCUACCCCUAGCGGGAGACACCGCCCUAGCAAGGGCAAGGGGGGAAGGGGCGCUGGAGGAGCUAGCGGGGGCGGUGGAGGCGGCGGUGGAGGCGGCGGAGGGGGUGGGGGUGGCGGCGGGGGUGGUGGCGGGGGUGGAGGUGUCGGUGGCGGCAGUGGAGGCAGAGGCGGCGGCGGUGGCGGUGGGAGCGGAGGUGGCGGGGGUGGCGGCGGUGGAGGAGGCGGUGGCGGAGGAGGUGGAGCUGGUCGGGGUGGCGCUGCGCAGAGGGUCGGCUCUGGUGGUGGUCAGCGCCAGCAACAGCAGCAGCGCACUCGUGACAUCCCCCCCCCCCCCCCCUCAGCAGCUCCGUGAGUGGUACGCUGCACGCCAGCGGGGUGGGGAUACUGGUCCGUGCACCUACGUCCUCCGCACCGGCGACCGCACGGGUGAGCAGUGUGGGGGUGCGCAGCCCACCCAGCGCUGCUUUGGCCGCCUGACGGACGCUUGGCUUCAUCAGUUUCCGGAGGCCACGGAGAUCCCCCGCUGGGGUGAGCUGUCUAGGGCGGGCGUAGAUAUCUUUGAUCUUGACUUUGAUGCUAUUCUUGCUGCCAUGUAUGCUGUGACUAUUAGUGAUGAGGGUGACUGUUACCGGUGUUUCCCGCCCGACCCGGGCAUUGAGACUGCUGCUCUAGGUACUGGUGAGACUGCUGCUCUAGGUACUAGCGAGGCUGCUCCUCUGGGAUGCUAG